AUGGUCAUUUGGAUCUUCCGCGCCGUGCGCAAAUCCCUCGAGGAUGACGGGCUCAUUGGUCGGGUCUUGGAGAGCACCACCUACCGGACCAUAAUCAGUCUUCGACAUAUACUCUUUAUCUUGCAGCCUUUGCUGUGGGGCGUGGAGAAAUUCUUUGGGAAAUAUGCCAUGGACCCCAUGGAUCGCGUCAUGUUUGAGAUGAAUCUAGAGCCUGACAUGUACGGGCCUUUGGGAGAGGCCCUGCAGUCUCCGGCAGUCCAAACGCUGAACAAGUUCCUGUUGGCCUGGUUUGCAUUUGACAUGGCCCUGGACAUGCUGUAUUCUCUGCUCGAAUCCUUCACCCUGGAAGAACACGAGAAAGCACAGCGUCAAUAUGACAAGGAACGCAAGGAACUGGGAGACGCCGAUGACAAAGACAAAGCCGGAACUAACAUGAUAAUCUCCUUGACGGAAAAUCGAAUCUUCAGAUAUGUUUUCUGGGGUGUAGUUAUUUCCUCCCUUCUGAGCAUGCUGAAUGACGCUGGCACGGCUGUCAGUGAGGAGCUCGCAUAUAUGCGCGAUACGCCCAGCCCCGAAGUCACCAAGGCCAAUUUGGCCAAGAUCAAUCCCUGGCGGGAUUUCCUUCCCGAACAGGAUCCAGUCCUCAGAGAGGUGGUAUACAUGACGCAGGUCUUGCGCCAGCUGACUCCAACUACACUACCCGAGGAUGACUACCAGUUAUUCUCAGACAUGAUCCGUAGCUUGGAAACUCGGACAGAUAUCUGCUGGAGGGUCUUCGAGGAGACGGACAUUCGCCAGACCAUUCUCGCGGCCGCGAACCGAGGAUCCCCUAGCAAACCAAUUGCCGACGAGCCAUUCUCCAUCCACAGCCGAGUAAAGGCCCUUCAUCGCCACUGGGGUGAUCUUGAGCGUGCACCUGGGAAGCCCGAACGUUGGGAAGAUGCCAGCGACACGACCUUCCUGACGCCCUUGAUCGCGCAACACCCAUUUGGCGAGGCUGAGACUGGUAACAAAGCAGAGCCUGGAGGUGCUGGUUUCAAGCUCGUCCUCACCCCCGAGCAGGAGGCCGACGCGACAAAGAGAUACCAAAAGUGGCGACGGGAUCGCGACCGCAAGGUUUCCUAUCUGAAAAUCCACCCGCCCACCCCGAUGGCCUGGGUCCCCAUGUCCAAGUCAGAUACCGGAGUCCGAAAUGCUUGGGACAGCGCAUUCCCAGAUGGCCGCGUUCAGGCUGGCCGCAGCAUUCCCAUGGGGAAGCUGGCGGGAGACCAACAGUGGAAGCCUAUCUUCAAGUCUCUGCUAACGGAGAAUAUCCCGUUCGGCUGGGUGACGUCGGGAGAAGAGCCCAAAUCUGCGGAGGAAUCCAGAGCAGAGUUGGACGCAAUGUUCGCAGAGUCUGACCGAGCGGAGGAAAGGAGAACGAAGCAAAAUGACUACAUUGCGCAGCUGAAGAAGGCAGCGGAUGAGCGGAAGCAGAAAAGCGAGCUGUAA